AAAAGGCUUUGACGAGGGUGUAAUUACACAUUGCGCCGUAAUAAGCAGGUGUUAGACGCGCAUUAGAGUCAGAGUUUACCCCGAUUUUUGUUUUUCAGCCCUGCCUGGAGUUCUUCUGUGAAGGAGGUGACAAAAAAGCAGCAUGUCGUUUCAACUUUCCAAGAGCUCUCGCACCACCACCAGCAGCAGCAGCAGCCUGAAAUCUCCUUCUCUGAUGAAAGACGACAGCUGGAUCAGACGAGAUGAGGAUGAGUUUGAACCCGUCGACCGUGACCCAAACUUUGGCAAAUCUGUUCUCAGCCACUACAAAUCCAGCGAAACCAUAAGCAGCGUGGGUGCAGAAACACAAAUUACCAAAAGCAAGUCAACAUCUGUGCAGGCUCUCACUAAGAGAUUCAGUGGCAGUCAGGACGAGCUGACUAACAGCCCCUACAGCAAGACGAGGGCCUCCUACACCAUCAGCUCUCCCCCUGCAUACAACGAUCCAGCUACAAGUACCACGACCACCACAGUCAGCAAGGAUGGGAAAACAACUGAGACCACGGUCACCACGAGUCACCGAAAAACUCCCACCAAGACUGAGACCUUCACUGAGCGGGUGCAGUCUUCCAGCAAGGGGACACUCUACUCAAACUUUUCACCAAGCAGGACCACAAAAGUGACAGAGACAUAUGUCAGCAGCCAAAAAGAUGCGAAUGACCUCAUCACCUCUACACUCAGCGCUGAGGACAAGCUGUAUGAUACACUCAUCCCCAGUGCUAUCAAGGAUGACAUUGGAGACAGCAGAACAAGUCUGACCAGCACUGAGACUGUGACGGUGAAAAGAAGUAUCAACGGGGCUGAAGAUGACCUGUACGACACCCUCCUGCCAAAGAGCAUCACUUCCUCUCAGUCUUCACCGUACAGCUCCAGCGUUACAAAAAGAGAGAUUGUGACGUUGGAGAGCAACAGAGGAGGAGACAGCCCCACUCCACUGUCUUCAUCAUCUUCCCUCCGCUCCACCAGCCGCACCUACACUGAGGAUAGCCCCACCACCCGCAUCACCUCCUACACUGUCAGUAGCAGCAGCCUGCCCAGUGACGACUACAACAAAAGCUACUACUACUCCUCAUCCAAACCCAGUUAUGAGUACAGCAGCAUCACCAACCCCACUGAGUACAGCUCCACUGUUUACAGGAGCAGCAGCGAAAUCCUGUCACCAGCCAUCUCCUCCAAGUCUUCCAUCAAGUCCGUGUAUACAUCUCCUGAGAGGACUGUGCUUGAUCGGGAGCUGUGCACCUCCUGCCAUAAGCCCUUUAAUGGCGAUGCCAAAAUGGUCCUGGAUGACAUGAAAAUCAACUGCCAUGCCUUCUGCUUUAAGUGUGAGGUGUGUAACGGCACGCUUGGCCACCUGAAAGCGGGCGACUGCAUGUGGGUGUACAACCGCAUGGUACACUGCGAGAGCUGCUUUGACGUCACCAGAGAGAAAUGGCGACACUGAGUUACUCCCUCUUGGCUUCGAUGGAGAAAAGCAAGUGAUUUAAAAAAACGUACAAAAAAUAUAAAUGCGGUUGAUCAAUUUGUAAGGGGGUCAUAUGCAAUGUGGGUAUUGUUGCAUUUAGAUGUUUUAAUUCAGGUGUUUGUCAACAGAGGAUAGAUGGACCUUUGUUGGUAUAGUGUCAGAUGGAAUUUAUUAUUAUUAUUAUUAUUAUUAUUAUUAUUAUUAUUAGCUCUGUUACUCUCUGAAGGCUUUAAGGGACUCUUCUUAGUAAUAUGAUAACAAUACUGUGACGUGAAUGGCCGGGUUUUUUUCCUGUGUGCAAUAAAAACAAUCCUUGUAUUGAUAUCACCUAAUUGGCUUUCAAUUUGGGGGGUUUUUGUUGGUCCUUUUAUACUUUUUUAUUGUAAUACAUGAACAUGCACUGCAACACUACUGUAGUACAAAUGAAAUAAAUAAAAAACACAAACACUUAACUAUUCACCCCUAAAAAAAGGUUUAGCUUUAAAUGUAUUUUUAGUCCUACACACUUGUUUUAAGCGGCACUCAUACACAAUUGUCCCUUAGGCCAGUGGUACUCAACUGGUGGGUUGGGGGAGCCAUUCUCGGUGGGUUGCUGGGUUGUUUUAUUUUCAACUUCAAAUUGAGCAAUAUUUUAGUCAUCUGCAGUCAUUCCUGUAUGAUAUAUAUUCAUUGCUCAGUUAUAAGCCAAAUACUGUAUGUGAUUUUGUGGUUUUGUUUAGUGCAGUUAUUUGCAUGCAUUCAGUUAUGUUUUUCCUCAUUUUCUUGACAACAUGCCUUAAUAAAUUUUUCUAAAAUGCACUUCGGCCAUGUAAUUAUCUGUAUUAAUGUUUCAAAAGAUGACAAGAUGGCAAUUUUAAAAAAACAAACGUGGUUUGACUUAAAUAAAAGCACAAAUAAAUUCAACAAAAUACAUGUCACGUGCUGUGGUGCUGCUCUGCUGCCGCCUAUCUGCCGGUUGUUGCAGUGCACCGCUGAUCCGGCAGGGGCGUACCGUAGCUGUCAGCGCACACCUGUCCCCAAAUAUCUCCACUAGCUAUUAAGCAUGGCUGAAGCUACUCCUCGUCGCCAGUGUACUUUCCCACUCACCUGUUCCCCGCUCAGCCCGGCCUCGUGAUUGUGGCUUUUAGCGUGCGCCUUGCUGCCUACUUAUUCCUUGCCUCGUGUUUCCUGCAGCUGUUUUCAGUUCAGUCCCUACUCGUUCAUGAUCCUGCUUUUCUCAGCAGCGCCUUGCUUUGGUCUUGUACCUUUUUCCUUUGCACCUUUUUCUGCAAGUGUAUUUGUUUACAUACAGUAGUUUUUGACUUUUGUGUUAUAUUUUGGACUGCUUGUUGCCACCUUUUGUUGUCAGUAUUUGUUACCUCUUUGUGAGGACACUUUUUGCAUUAAAGAUCUUCUUU